AUGUCCGCAGCAACCAAGUUGAAUAGCCUGUUUUCGGUGGCUGGGAAGAACGUCCUUGUGACGGGGGGAUCCCGUGGCAUUGGAUUGAUGAUUGCCAAAGGAUUCGUAGACGCCGGUGCCAAAGUGCUGUUGACAAGUCGAGAUGAAAAGGCGUGUGCGGAAGCAGCCGAGAGUCUCAAGUCGGACAAUGUACAGUACGUUGCAUCCAAUGUCUCCACCCGAGAAGGCUGCGUCGCCUUGGCCAGUCACACGGCAUCGGUAUUCGACAAUAAACUUGAUGUACUUGUCAAUAAUGCCGGCGCUAGUUGGGGAGAACCCCUAGAUCGCGAUUCCGGCAAGGCCAAUUGGGGCUUCGACAAGGUAUUUGACCUCAAUGUCAAGGGUCUCUUCUACCUGACACGAGAAUGCAUCCCCCUGUUGAAGAGAGAAACGGGAGAUGAUCCUGGACGCGUCAUUAACAUUGGAAGUGUGGCUGGAAUGGUGCCUCAGGAAGCACCAACACAUGCCUAUGACGCUAGCAAGGCAGCCGUCCAUCAUUUGACCAAAGAUCUGGCAAGGGAGUUGGCACCCAAGCACAUUACCGUCAAUGUUCUGGCGCCUGGAUUUGUACCGAGUCGGAUGAGUGCUGGCUUGGCUACAUGGGGUGGCGAUGCUCAGGCGCUCGCGAACAAGAUUCCCUUGGGCCGCAUGGGAGAGGAAGAUGAUAUGGCCGGAGCUGCAAUCUUUUUGAGUUCCAAGGCAUCAUCUUGGUGUACUGGAGUCAUUUUGAAUGUUGAUGGAGGAACUGUUGGUGCCAUGCCAAUUCCAUUGUCUAGUUUGUAG